AUGAGCGUCCGGACUGUCGAACUCAAGCCUUUCCAGGACCAGAAGCCCGGCACUUCUGGCCUCCGCAAGAAGGUCAAGGUCUUCCAGCAGGAGCACUACUCAGAGUCGUUUGUCGCCAGCAUCCUCCAGUCCAUCCCCGAGGGUGUCGAGGGCUCGUUCCUCGUCGUGGGCGGUGAUGGCCGCUACUGGAACCCUGAAGUCACCCAGGCCAUUGCCAAGAUUGGUGCUGCGUACGGUGUCAAGAAGCUGCUGAUCGGCCAGAAUGGCAUCAUGAGCACGCCCGCGGCCAGCCAUCUCAUCCGAAUCCGAAAGGCAACGGGCGGUAUCCUCCUGACUGCCAGCCACAACCCUGGUGGCCCCGAAGAAGACUUUGGCAUCAAGUACAACCUGGCCAACGGUGCCCCCGCGCCCGAGAGCGUCACCAACAAGAUCUACGAAACCUCCAAGACGCUCACCUCAUACAAGAUUGCCGACAUCCCCGACGUCGACCUCAGCACAAUUGGCACACAAAAGUAUGGAGAGCUCGAGGUGGAGAUUGUCCACUCCACCGAGGACUACCUCAAGAUGCUCAAGGACAUUUUCGACUUUGACCUGAUCAAGUCGUUCCUCAAGCAGCACCAGGACUUCAAGGUCCUCUUUGACGGCCUGAGCGGCGUUACAGGCUCGUACGGUGUCGACAUCUUUGAGAAGGAGCUCGGCAUCCCCAACAGCACACAAAACUGCGUCCCCAAGCCAGACUUUGGCGGUCACCACCCCGACCCCAACCUGGUCUAUGCAAAGUCGCUGGUCGAUGCCGUCGACAAGAACGGCAUCCACUUUGGCGCCGCCAGUGACGGCGACGGUGACCGCAACAUGAUCUAUGGCGCCAAGUCGUUUGUGUCUCCCGGCGACAGUCUGGCCAUUAUUGCCCACCACGCCGAGCUCAUCCCAUACUUUAAGAAGCAGGGCAUCUACGGUCUUGCGCGCAGUAUGCCCACGUCUGGCGCGAUUGACCUGGUCGCCAAGAAGAAGGGCGUCUCGUGCUACGAGGUGCCUACUGGCUGGAAGUUCUUCUGCGGUCUCUUCGACUCCAACAAGAUGAACAUUUGCGGUGAGGAGAGUUUCGGAACAGGCAGCAACCACAUCCGCGAAAAGGACGGUCUGUGGGCGGUUGUUGCCUGGCUCAACAUCCUGGCGGGUGUUGGCCAGCAGACUGGCACCACGCCCAGCAUUGCGUCGGUCCAGAUGGACUUUUGGAAGACGUAUGGACGUACCUUUUUCACGCGCUACGACUACGAGGGCUGCGAGACGGAGGGUGCCAACAAGGUGACCAGCCACAUGAAGGAGCUCAUUACCACCAAAAAGGACGAGUUCCUCGGCUCAACCGUUGCCGGCCGCAAGGUGGUUGAGGCGGACGACUUUUCGUACACGGAUCUGGACGGCAGCGUCAGCAAGAACCAGGGUAUCUACGUCAAGUUUGACGACGGCAGCCGCAUCGUCGUGCGACUUUCGGGUACGGGAAGCAGCGGCGCCACGAUCCGCCUGUACAUUGAGAAGCACACGAGCGACGAGUCGACAUACGAGCUCGACGCCCAGGACUACCUCAAGGACAAUGUCAAGCUUGCGACUGACCUCCUGAAGCUGCAGGAGUACAUUGGGCGCACGGAGCCUGACGUCAAGACAUAG